CGAGAUGCCCUGACUAUCCGUCAACACGCCGGCGACAAGUCAACCCGGCAGUCAUCUCAACCAUCAAAUUCCAGCGGAGAAAGGGCGGCGCUGUAGCCCCACCGCUUCACCACGAUGCCGAUGGACACUCCACCACGGCGCACGGCGGCGCUGUCCGACGACGACCGCCUGCUGGUCGACCACUGCGCCGCGCUCUCGUUCCCCUCGGGCUCCCGCUCGCCGACCUCCGCCGCCGCUGCCGCCUCCUCGUUCCAGGUGCACCACGCGUCCCACCCCUACCCCUGCGCGGCCUUCGUCUUCACGCCCACCUGGUCCGCCGCCGGCUGGAUUCCCUCCUCCCCCGACGCCGGCGGCGGCCGCGUGCCGUUCGGGGACGCGGAGGUCGACCCCGCGGUCUUCCCGUCGCUCCGCAGCGUCGGGAGCGGCGUCCCCGCGCGCGCCAGCGCCGCCUUCAUGGCCGCCUUCACAGGCCUGCUCGACGGCUCGCCGCUCCAGUCCGAGGUAUCUAGAGCGGUGGCAGAGGAGAAACGUAUCGUAUUCACAGGCCAUUCAUCAGGGGGUUCAGUAGCCACCCUUGCUGCCAUAUGGUUUCUCGAGAACUGUACCAGACGGGGAAGUGUCAAUCAAGCACAACCGUUUUGUGUGACCUUUGGGGCACCUCUUGUUGGAGAUAAUAUUUUCAACCACGCUGUUAGAAGGGAGGGCUGGUCGCAGUGUAUCUUGCAUUUCAUCAUGCCACUAGACAUCAUCCCACGAAUACCACUGACCCCCCUUGCAUCCUCUAGAGAACAAAUUCAAUCUGUUCUCGAUUGGUUAUCUCCUCAUAGUCCAAACUUCUCACCUGCUGGGAAUUCGCUUGUCAUUCCUGAGUUUUAUGAAACCUUGUUGAGAAGCACGCUAUCUAUUGCCAGCUAUGAGGCCUGCUCUUUCAUGGGAUGCACUAGCUCAAUCCUAGGAACACUUACGUCCUUCAUUGAGCUCUCCCCUUACAGACCCUGUGGGACUUAUCUUUUCUUGACGAGUCCCGAACAACUGAUUGUUCUCACAAACUCGGAUGCUGUAUUGCAGUUGCUAUUUUACUUCCUUCAAUUGGAUCCCCAACAACAAUUGCUUGAUGCUGCUGCCAGAAGUUUAAGUGCUCACUGGCAAUAUGAAUCGAUUAAGCAAUGUGUGACACAAGAGAUAGCUUGUGUGGACUACCUAGGAGCAAUUUCAUCAUCCCUUCCUGGUAGGCCAAUGAAUGGAACAGCAAUUGGUGGACUUGAACUGAGUAAGGAAGCUAUGCUGAGCCUUGCUGCAGCUGGACAAUGGGAGAAGCAAAGAGAGAUAAACCAAGCAAAGAUAGACGCAAACUGCAGUAAAAUUCAGGAAGCCCUCAAGUCCCUGAACGAGUACAAGAGAACAUGCGAGCUCCAUGAAGUGAGUUACUACGAUUCCUUCAAGCUUCAGCGGGAAGUGCAUGACUUCAAUUCAAACGUACGUAGGUUGGAACUAGCCGGCCUUUGGGACGAGAUAAUUGAGAUGUUGCGAAGGCGUGAACUUCCGGAUGCGUUUGAAGGGCGAGAAGAGUGGGUGAAUCUGGGAACCUCAUACCGCCGGCUGGUCGAGCCCUUGGACAUUGCAAACUACUACAGGCAUUCCAAGAACGAGGACACCGGCUCCUACCUCUGCAAGGGGAGGCCAAGGCGUUACAAGUACACCCAGAAAUGGCGCGAGCAGUUACUGCGUAUCCCACUAGGCUCCAGCCUCGAGUCGUGCUUCUGGGCAAUGUCUGAGGAGCUCCAGGCCGAGAUGGUCAACGGCAAAUCGUUCCAGGAUCUCAAAGACAGGGUGGGUAAACUGGAGAGCGAUGCACUUGGAUGGUUCACCUCUGGAAGUCUUGGCAAAGAUGUGUUUCUGAGCAGCUCAUCCUUCGUGAUAUGGUGGAAGACGCUCCCAGAGCAGCACAGGUCUGCAUCCUGCAUCGCAAGACUUAUACCUCCGUAAGGCGGAGGCACAAACUUGGAUGGAUUUCUCCUUACCGAGACUUCAUCCACUAACAUGGUCAAGAUAUAUUCAUUUUCGGAGUUGGAUCAUCGGAAGAUUAUUACUGUCAUGUGGGGAAUUAGGAGCGUAAGAAAUAGUAAUUGGACACAUUAAAAGGGAGGUUAUGACCGGUCUAAUGUCUGAAAACGGACAAGCAAGCAUUGGCAAUGCUCGAAGUUCCAAAGAAAUACGCUGCAUCUCAAAAAAAAAAAAAAAGGCGGCCAUCUUGCCUGAUAAUGGAUGGCGCCCGCCUCAGUAAGCUGUCAAAAUUAACAAAGACGGGGUUCAAUUGCUGGAAGCUCAGAAAGGUGGUGCUGGAGGUGUUGCAAGAUCACGUCCCACCUAUCUAGGAGGUUGGAGUAAACCCUAUCAAGGGAUUACUUAUUCUCUAGUACAUGAUGGAGAAUCGUCUUCGCAAAAUUACGUGGGCUCGGCAAGCUGGUGAUGGAGAGACGGAUUGCUUGGAUAUUGUCAACCUCUCUAGAACACUUACAUGGACCGUGCUCGGCUGUGGUACCAAUUCUUCAAGAAAUAUGAGAGUUAGCUUUAUGAUUUUCUAGUUUCACAAUACAUGUAUCAAGAGCAGCGGACGGCUAAUCUCUGUGCCAACUUGCUUGGCUGAUCAAUCACGCUGUGUGUUACAUGAAUAAAGAUCGCCGAACUCCUGGCAAAAAAUAAGAUAAAACUGAUGUACCUAUGGUUUUA